AUGUCGAGAGGUAGCUCAAACGCUUUUCACGAAAUCGAGAGAUCCAUAACCAACGCUUUCCGUUCCGCUGAUUUAAACGGAUCUGGGAAACUGGGAUAUCAUGAAUUCAGAAGAGCCAUACAAGCGAUGAAAUUGAUGUUUCAUGCUGAAGAAGUUGGUCAUCUACUCGCGACUCAUGACUUAGUUGGUGAUGGAACAAUCAGCCGGGAGAGCUUCAUCGAGAUAUUUAAGCCGAGUUAUAAGGAAGCAGCUCUACUUUCAGCAUUUGCGUCCAACAAGACGGAUGAUGAUGGUUUCUUGGGUCUGAAGCAACUCCGUCUAGCUCUCAUUCAUCUAGGGUUAAACCUCUCAGAAGUGGAAGCCUACAACCUCUCUAGGAGAUGUAACGAUGCUACCGGUGCUUUCUACAAACCUGUGAAAGUGUCGUUCAGAAGCUUUUGUAAGUUAACCUCUCGAGCUUGCAUUUAUCUCCAUCAAGCCAACAUUCAUCCAGGGGGGGGAAUAUGGCCAGCUGGAAUGAGCUUGUGA